AUGCGGCGCCCUCAGGACCCCCGCGUGCCUGCUGCCCCCGGUCCUGUUCUCCUUUAUCUGAGCCACCCAGACGUCUCCGCUCGGGGUGUGCACGUUGCCACUUCCGGUCCCCUCGGCUCCUCCCGCUCCCGAGUGGGCCGGGCCGCUCCGCUCACGGAGUUCGAGGCGUGGGCGGGGCUGCUCUCGGGAGCCCCGACGCGGGUGUCCCCGGGCGCUCAGGGGAGGUGGCGCGGGCCCCCCGGGGAGGCAGCGCGCGCGAUGAACGAGGCUGGGCCCGGGCGGGGGGCCAGGGGCCCCGUGAGCUUCGCCGAUGUGGCCGUGUACUUCUCCCCGGAGGAGUGGGGACGGCUGCGCCCCGCGCAGAGGGCCCUGUACAGGGACGUCAUGCGGGAGACUUAUGGCCACCUGGGCGCGCUGGGUUUCCAAGGCCCCAAACCCGCCCUCAUCUCCUGGGUAGAGCAAGAGUCAGAGGUCUGGGGUGCGGAUGCCCGGGACCCCGACGAGGAAAAGGAGAGCCCGAGGGAAGAAUGCACAGCAGCAUCUGGAAAACAGAACAAGGAGAAGAGGUGGAGAGAAGGGACUGGAUUCCAGGAAACUGAAGAGUCUGUAAAGGAGGUUUUGCCAACUGAGAUACCACAUGCCUUCCACCAGGGUGAUAGAGGCACUCUCCACCAAUGUAUCCCCAAUCUGAAGAGGCCUUACCCUUGUCCUGAAUGUGGACACCAUUUUGCAUUUCCUUCUUUACUGGACAGUCAUCUGCGUGUGCACUCUGGGGAACGUCCUUUUGUCUGUGCACGAUGUGGGGCGCAAUUUUCACAACGGAAAAACCUCAUCCAACACCAGCUCAUCCAUACAGGGGAGAAGCCCUUUCUGUGCCCAGACUGUGGUCGCUGUUUCCGGCAAAGUGGGUCCCUGGCCAUCCACCAGCGUACACACACAGGUGAAAAGCCCUACUCCUGUCCUGACUGUGGGCGCUGCUUUGCCUAUCCCUCCUUGCUCAUCAGCCAUCUACGGGUGCAUACAGGGGAACGCCCCUAUGCCUGCACUCAUUGUGGAGCCAGAUUUUCCCAAAGGAAUAAUCUUGUCCAACACCAGCUCCUCCACACAGGUGAGAAGCCCUAUCCCUGUCCUGACUGUGGGCGGUGCUUCCGCCAGAGGUCCACUCUGGCGAUCCACCGUCGGGCACACACGGGUGAUAAACCAUACCCCUGUUCUGACUGUGGGCGCCGAUUUGCUUAUCCCUCCCUCUUGGUGAUCCACCAGCGAACCCACACAGGUGAGAAGCCAUACUCCUGCCCUGACUGUGGGCGCUGCUUUGCCUAUCCUUCCCUACUGGUCAGUCACCAGCAUGUCCACUCUGGCGAACGCCCUUACCCCUGUCUACAGUGUGGGGCACGUUUUGCCCGCCGGGAGAAUCUUGUCCAGCACCAGCUCAUCCACACGGGUGAGAAACCCUAUUCCUGUCCUGACUGUGGGCGAUGCUUUCGGCAGAGUGGCUCCCUGGCCAUCCAUCGACGUAAACACACAGGCGAGAAGCCCUACCCUUGUCCUGAAUGCGGGGUCUGUUUCACCUAUUCUUCUCUACUGGUCAGCCACCGGCGAAUGCAUUCUGAUGAGCGUCCCUUCCCCUGCACUGAGUGUGGGAAGUGUUUUAAGCGGAAGUACGGUCUUGAAGCCCACCAGUGGGUCCACCGGUCUGGCACUGAGAAGAGGCAGAGUGGGAGAGCUGCUGUACAGCCUCUGCCACAGGCUUCUGUGAAUGGGAUCCAGGAGCCCCCAGUGUACUUCCGGUACUACCCAGAUAUAUUCCAGGAGUGUGGGUGAUCAAGUCUUUGGGGAAAGAAACAUGAGAGAUCUCAGAUCAGGUGGUCCCAGUCUUCUGGGACUGUCUAAGGCAUGGCCAUGUGGCUGUUCCACUGAAGAGGAUGAUGGAAAGAUGUUAGAGGGUCUAGGGGAAAAUGACAAGUUCUGGAAUAACUACCAGGAUUAAGGAAACCAAAAAAGAAAUGAAAGAAUUGACCAGCCCCCAUGACUGAGGUUGAAGUUCAACAUUAUGAAUCUGAAAAGGCUAGUAGUUCUACCAGGCUAAAGAUGAAACUACAUCAUUUCUUAGUAUUCUCCCUUAAUGUACUAAUUUCUUGAACUAAGAAGAGGUUUAGAGUUUACACAGUUUACAACUGUGGGUUUAAUGCACAUUCAGCACUGGCUAAGGAGGCAACCCAACGUAUAGGUCCUGGAUCCUAGUUUGUGGUGUAUUUUUCCUCAGGUGGGCCUUUGCCUUAUAGAAGGGUGGUUUGCCUCUCAGACAUUAGGGUGCCUGUAAGUAAAUGAGAUGUGCCCUAGCUGUUAUGGCCACCUUCCAUACACACAAACACACACCAGUCCCAAACCUCAAGGAGUUUAUUGUUUUAUUGAGACUUUCUUUACUUCACAGUUAUUUUCCAUUCAUCCUCCCUCCAAAUUGAACCCUCCCUUAUGACAAAAUGGAGCAAAAACAUCUUGAUCCAGAGAUCACACUUGACAGUGUAUAUACAGUGUUCUGAAGGCACUUAUGUUCUGCUGGAGAAGACAAAUUGUGUACACAUAAAACUAUACAAAGCACGUGCAGGGUAAAUACCAAGUGAUUUUGGGGGAGGGCAGAUCAGAAGAGGCCUCCUUUGGAAGGGGGCACCUGAUCUGAGCCAUGACAGGAGCUAGGGGAGUUCUGUAAAGUGUAGAUGAGGAGGGGGAGUAUUAAAGGGAAGGAGGGAGAGCCUGACCAAAGUCACGAGGGUGAGAAAUAGAUACCAUAUGCAGGGAACAGCACGUAGAUCAGCUUAGUCAUAAGGUAGACUAUGCCAGAGGGAAUGAUAUGAGAUCAGGUCAGUUUAGCAGGCUAGAACCUGAUGGGUCUUAAACUCCAAAGUAAAGGGUUCAUAUUUUCUCCUUGAGUCAAUAGAUAGAAGCCAUUGAGCAGAAGAGUGGCAUAGUCUGACCUGCAUUUUAGGAGCAUCAUUUUAGCAGCUGAGGGGAAAGAUGGAUUGAAAAGGGAAGAGACUUGAGGCAGGGAGACCAGUUAGGAGGCUAUUACAAUAGUUCAGGCAAGAGAUAGUUAAUUAGAUAAUCUAAAUUAGGAUGGUGGCUGUGAGUGGGGAAGGAGAUACAAGAGGUUUUGAUUCAACUCCAGUGUGCAUGCUGUUGAACUGUUUUUUGAACCUGACACUGUCAUGCAGUUUCUUAGUUAUCCCUUCCAGCUCUGCAAUAUCUGAAAAUCUGAUAAAUAUUCCAUCUAUGCCUUAUCUUUUCUUUUCUGGGGGGGGGGAUGCGGC